AUGAUCUACUUCCCUUGCAGGCAGCAUAAAUGGCCGCCGGAAGUAAACAGAGGAACCACAACAAAUCAGUCUUUCUUCCUACAAAGAGAAAAUACAAAACAAUUGAACAAAUUGAACAUAAAAAAUGGCUUCUCAAGUCACAAGCUUCAUAAGUCACAGGCUUUUCAAGUCACAAGCAUCCCAAGUCACAGGCUUCCCAAGUUACAGGCUUCCUUCAUCACAGGCUUCUCAAGUCACUAUCUUCCCAAGUCACAGGCUUCCUUCAUCACAGGCUUCCUAAGUCACAGGCUUCUCAAGCUUCCUAAGUCACAGGCUUCUCAAGUCACUAUCUUCCCAAGUCACAGGCUUCCUAAUCACAGGCUUCCUAAGUCACAGGCUUCUCAGGUCACAAGCUUUCCAAGUCACAGGCUUCCCAAGUCACAAGCUUCCCAAUCACAGGCUUCCAGGCUUCCCUUCUCAGGUCACAGUCAUAGGCUUCUCAAGUCACAAGCUUCCCAAGUCCCAAGUCACAGGCUUCCUAAGUCCCCACAGCCUUCUCAAGUCACAAGCUUUCCAAGUCACAGGCUUCUCAAGUCACAAGCUUCCCAAGUCACAUGCUUCCUAAGCUUCUCAAGUCACAAGCUUUCCAAGUCACAGGCUUCUCAAGUCACAAGCUUCCCAAGUCACAGGCUUCCAAAGUCACAGGCUUCUCAAGUCACUAUCUUCCCAAGUCACAGGCUUCCUAAGUCACAGGCUUCUCAAAUCACAAGCUUCCCAAGUCACAGGCUUCCUAAGUCACAAGCUUCUCAAGUCACUAUCUUCCCAAGUCACAGGCUUCCUAAGUCACAGGCUUCCUAA